GACCCCAACUUGCGGCUGUCCAUCUCACUCACAGCUCUGGUCUCAUCCUCAACUCAACCACAACCAUGGCUCAGACGCUGGCUCUGAGCCUCCUGAGCCUGGUCCUGGCUCUCUGCGUCCCCUGGACCCAAGGCAGUGAUGGUGGAGGUCAGGAUUGCUGCCUCAAGUACAGCCAGAGGAAGAUUCCCUACAGUAUUGUCCGAGGCUACAGAAAGCAAGAACCAAGCUUAGGCUGCCCCAUCUCAGCAAUCCUGUUCUCCCCCCGGAAGCGCCAUCAGCCUGAGCUAUGUGCAAACCCUGAACAAAACUGGGUUCAGAAGCUGAUGCGACGUCUGGACCAGCCUCUCGCCCCGGGGCAGCAAAGUUCGGGCUGCAGGAAGAACAGAGGAACCCAUAAGUCUGGAAAGAAAGGAAAGGGCUCCAAAGGCUGCAAGGGGACUGAACCGACACAGAACCCGAGAGGGCCAUAGCCGGGUGACCAUCCUGAACUCCAGGAGAUUCUCCGUGGACUUCAUCAUGGCUUCAU